AUGAUUCUUUUCUUAAAAAAUCAAAUAGAACUCCAACAAUUGAUCAGAAGAACUUUUACAACAAAUACAAUGUAUCCAUUCAAACUCUUUUUAUUUCCUCUACUACUCAUGUUUUUCCUAUCUACCACCCCCCCUUCUAUCUCCUCAACCAAUGUAGCAAACAUCAACAAUCUCACACAACCAAACAUGAAUCCUCAUGAACUAGAAACUCUUUACAAGAUCAUGGAAUCAAUUUCCAGUGACCAAAGUUGGAGAAAAUCAUAUCCAAAUCCAUGCCAACAAAGUUCAUCUUGGCUUGGAAUUGAGUGCAAAAAAAACACCAACAACAUUUACCAUGUCACUAGGCUUGAUUUUGGGACAUAUCCGAACCCCAUUUGCAAGAAAACAGCAACAUUCCCUUCACUCAUUUUCCAACUUCCAAAUCUUGAAUCUCUCUUCUUUAUCCAAUGCUUCACACACACAAAAACAACAAUCUCUAUUCAAGAAAACAGAAUUCUCCAACAACUUAGUAUAAGAUCAAAUCCAUCAUUAAUUGGCACAAUCCCACCUCAAAUUUCAUCACUUAAAUCACUUCAAAUCCUCACAUUGUCACAAAACAAUCUUCUUGGACAAAUCCCACAACAAAUCUUCACACUCAACUCACUUAUUCAUCUUGAUUUAAGCUACAACAACCUCACAGGACAAAUCCCAUACCAAAUUGGCAAUCUCAUCAAUCUUAUAGGCUUAGACUUAAGCUACAAUUCAUUAACAAAUCCAAUCCCAUCCACAAUUGGCCUUCUCAAAUCUCUUCAAAAACUUGACUUGAGCUCAAAUUCAUUAACAGGCAAAAUCCCUCAAACAAUAGAAAAGUUACAAUCUUUAAACUUCUUAGCACUUAGUAACAACAAGUUAAGUGGCAAUUUCCCAAAUGGGAUGCAUAAACUUCAAGCACUUCAAUAUUUUCUCAUGGAUGACAAUCCAAUGAUGUUCAUAACAUUGCCUGAUGAAUUGAGUCAAUUACAUAAACUUCAAGAAUUGAGCCUUUCAAGUUCAGGUUACUCAGGGGAAAUACCAUCAAGUUACUCACAACUCGUGAACUUAACUACGUUGUCUUUACAAAACAAUCGAUUAACAGGCGAGAUACCGGUGGAGUUUUCAAGAUUAUCACAUAUGUAUCACUUGAAUUUGAGUAGAAAUUUGUUAGAUGGUGUUGUGCCAUUCAAUUCAAGUUUUUUGAAAAGACUUGGAAGGAAUUUGGACUUAAGUGGAAAUCCAGGGCUAUGUUUGAUGAAUCAACAUGAAGGAGUUUAUGUUGGAGUUAAUGUGUGUGGGAGUAGUAGUAAUACUAUAACUAUGCCAUUGAAGAAGAAUAGAUCAUGUGAAGCUUCAUGUGGAGUUGUUAGAUCAUUAUUGUUUCUUGUUUGUGUUUUGUGUGUUUUAGAAUUGUUGUUUUAG